AUGGAGGCCGAGCUCACCGCCACUCGCCGUGCGAAGCAGGAGGAGAUGGAAGCUCUUCACAAGGAGCGCGAGGAGGAGGAGAAGCAGCGCGCCGAGGCGGUCCGCAAGCAGCGCGAGGAGGCCCAGAAAAAGAAGGAGGAGGCGCAGAAGCAGCGCGAGGGGGAGAUCAAGCGCCGCAAGGCAGAACUGGAGGCCGAGAAGCAGAAGCUGAAGGAGCUGCAGGAGGAGCACGAAAAAGAGACAGCCGAGGCCCGCAAGCGCCGCCAGCAAGAGGAGAAGCAGUUAAAGGCAAAGGCGGCGAAGAAGCACGAGAAGAGUCCUGCCACAGCGGACAAAUCCGCUGCCGCGACGAGCCGCCAGAAAGAGUUGACGGACUUGAAUGCGACGAAGAAGCGCAAAGAGGAGGAGGAGAAGCAGCGUGCUGAGGCGGUCCGCAAGCAGCGCGAGGAGGCCCAGAAAAAGAAGGAGGAGGCGCAGAAGCAGCGCGAGGAGGAGAUCAAGCGCCGCAAGGCUGAGGUGGAGGCCGAGAAGCAGAAGCUGAAGGAGCUGCAGGAGGAGCACGCAAAAGAGGAAGCCGAGGUCCGCAAGCGCCGCAUUGCCGAGGAGAAGGAAGCGAAGGCGAGGGCGGAGAAGAAAGCGGAAGAGAUGGAGGCCGAGCUCACCGCCACUCGCCGUGCGAAGCAGGAGGAGAUGGAAGCUCUUCACAAGGAGCGCGAGGAGGAGGAGAAGCAGCGCGCCGAGGCGGUCCGCAAGCAGCGCGAGGAGGCCCAGAAAAAGAAGGAGGAGGCGCAGAAGCAGCGCGAGGGGGAGAUCAAGCGCCGCAAGGCAGAACUGGAGGCCGAGAAGCAGAAGCUGAAGGAGCUGCAGGAGGAGCACGAAAAAGAGACAGCCGAGGCCCGCAAGCGCCGCCAGCAAGAGGAGAAGCAGUUAAAGGCAAAGGCGGCGAAGAAGCACGAGAAGAGUCCUGCCACAGCGGACAAAUCCGCUGCCGCGACGAGCCGCCAGAAAGAGUUGACGGACUUGAAUGCGACGAAGAAGCGCAAAGAGGAGGAGGAGAAGCAGCGUGCUGAGGCGGUCCGCAAGCAGCGCGAGGAGGCCCAGAAAAAGAAGGAGGAGGCGAGCUUCUUCCUUCGCCUUCUUCGUUUCUUCGCGCUGCUUGCGGACCGCCUCGGCGCGCUGCUUCUCCUCUUCCUCGCGCUCCUUCUCUGCCUGGUGGAACUGAAUUUCCUUGUUCUUCUUCUCGCCCUCCACAUCCUUCUGCGCCUUCGACACGUUCGCCUCACGCCUCUUACGGCGCUCGGCAUAGUUCUGGCGAAUUUUCUCGGCUCGCUCCUUAAUCGCCUUGGCCUCCGCCUCGCGGGCCUUGGCCACCUCUUCCGAGCGCUUCUGCGACUCCGCACGGCUCCUCUUCGCCUCAUCACUGGAGGCGCCUCUCUUGUUGCUCUUACGCAUCAGUCGCUUCUUUGGUUGAGCGGCGGGGACUGA